AUGGCUUUGCAGCUUAAACAUAAACACGAUUCUCAGGAAACCGUUUGCACCCCAUCAGUUGUUCAACAUCAUGCAAAAAAGGGGUUGAUAGGUUUUAUGUCACCUAAAAGCAGAGACUUUGUAAUAAUUGUGCCAAUUUCUUCAUAUUAUGCAAUCGCAUUAGAAGCUCUCAAAUUGGAUUCAUGUUAA